AUGAGUGAAGAUAUAAGAAACAUAUUAUUAAUUGGUCGUACAGGCCAAGGCAAAUCAUCCUUAGCCAAUACAAUAGUAAAUGAUGAGAAAUGUUUUGAAGAAGGAGGUGAAUUCAAUGAAAUUUUUAAAGAGAGUGAUAAAUCUCUUAGUCAAACUAAAAAGAUUCAAGAAGAAAUAUUUAAUAUAGACAGAAAAGUAAAUGGAAAAGUGGAGAGUGUGAAAUAUCGAAUCAUUGACACUGUCGGAAUUGGAGACACAUCUUUGAGCCAAAGAACAGUGCUAGUUGAGAUAGCUAAAGGAUGUAAAAAG